UUACUUUAUUUCAUUUUUGAAGCCAUGUAGAUCAGUGCUUGUGCAAAUUUAGGAAUUCAUCAUUAGAAAUCUUGCGCAAUAUUCGGCAUUUGUAUUAAUUGAUGAUAAUAAUAAUAACAACGAUAAUUAUACAUGUAAUUGGUAUUGAUGAAGAUGAUGAUGAUAAUAAUAACAACAAUUAAAACUGAUGUUGUUGAUGAUAUGAUAAGUAUUUAUAAUGUUCAGUGCUUUUCCCUAGCUUGUGUCUUUUCCUUUUUCUUUCAAACGGAAUCUGAUUUAAAUCGGCUUCUAAUUAACGUUUUUGCUUUCAAAUGUAAACCCCGGAACAAAAUGAACCAGUACCAGCUAAUGUUGUUGACACAGGUUAAUGACCAGUGAGUGAGUGCAUUUGUUCUGCUGUUUUUGCUGCCGCUAAAAUAGAAAUAAUAAAAAAGAUGGAUGCUUUUACAGAUCAUAUGAAUGAAGCCUAUGACAUAGUUGUAGGAAUAACUUUCAUCGCAUUAUUUUUAGCAAUUGGGAAUGUGUGUUACCCUUGCCCCAUUCGAUCCUCUUUAAAAAAGUAAACAGAUAUAUGUGAGGAGCAAAAAGAACCUGUUAUAUAUAUGUUGAGUUUUUCCUAUAUGAAUCAAUGGGAAAAAAAUGCACUGUACAAUUUUCAAUUUUCAUUGAUAGUGAACUGAAUAUAAUGGGUUAGAAAAGAAAAAGUUCCAAACUAUUGAAUAUGCCACGACUGUUUCCGGCACAAGAUAAUGUGCACUUGUGUGUUAAUUUUUAUAAACAGAUAAAUAAAUGACAAGAGAGUUAUGACCCUCGGUAAAGUUAUAAUUUUGUACAUAUUCUUCAGUAAGGGACAAAUAACUACCAAACUUUACUUUAAUGAAUAUAAAGAAUAGAUGAUAAUGAACAUACAUGAAGUUAUAUUUUUAAUGUCAGACAUUUAUUAGUGACAUCCUAGUGUCAUAAUUGGUUUGAAUCUUGAUGGUAUUUUUGAAAUACAAUUGCAAAAUGUUCAUAGUUCACAAAUAUUUAGUUAUACAUAUAUUUUACAGGUUAUAUUGCCCAUUUUAAACUUAUAUAACCCUAACCAAGGUACAGCCAGAAAUGUCAGGAUUAUCCGAUGAUAAAGACUGCUACCCGUUACUUUUUCCGGAUUUGGAAUUUCGCCAAUAUCGUGAAUUUCGUGCACUGUCAAACAUAUUCUGACGUUACGAACCUUCGUGCAUCAUUGCUUGCAUCAUACAACCCAGAUGUUGUUCCUGUUAGCAACUAUUCUGCAGUUUUAAAAGUAAAUUUGUCAGCGACUCUCUUCAUGAUGCCGGAAGUAGACCCGGUCCGUGGGUCAGUGACAAUGGGAAUAAUGAUUGUGCAAGAAUGGUUCGAUGAAAUAAUAACAUGGACACCGGCUGAUCACGGUGGAAUAACGUACAUUUCUAUGAAAAGUGAAGAUGUCUGGACACCGCCUGUAACUGUGCAAAACCCGUUUAAAUUCAUUUUGCUGGGUCAGUCUUGGAUGCAAGUUGGAUAUCAGUACAACGGUAAAGCAAGGUAUGCGGUUGGUGACAUCAUGGAGUUUUCUUGUUCUUUCUACAUGAAGUACUGGCCCUUCGAUAAACAAAUCUGUUCUAUAAACUUCUUUCCGUACGGAUACGCGUACAAUGAAGUAACGUUCGCUAUACCUGGAACGGUGAUGAACACAAACUUUUAUACGAAGAACGGCGAAUGGUAUUUAGAGAAGGAUUCAUUUACAUAUUCAAAAGACAAUGACAUUGGAUCAACCACUGUGCGGUACAGCUUCCGGAUUUCACGGCAGUCAUUGUUUUACUUGCUAACGAUUAUUAUUCCCAUCAAUGGAAUAGGCGCCUUAACUUGUUUGGUUUUUCUUCUGCCGAGCGAGUCCGGUGAACGCGUUAGUUACUCGAUCACCAUUAUGCUGUCACUUGCAGUAUUUCUGACGGUCAUUUCAGACGACUUGCCAAAGCAUUCAGAGCCGAUCCCUAUCAUGUGCGUGUACAUUCUAUUCAACAUGGUUGUAUGCAUCUGUGGUCUCAUAAUGGUCAUUCUAAAUUUAGCACUAAACCACAGGAGUGAAACCACGCAAAUAUCGCGAUUUUAUAAAUCACUAGUGAACAUUUCAUGUCGCCGGAAUAAAGUCGGUAAUGAAAGCUUGGUGGAUUCUUCCGAUGAUUUGAUAAAGGCGAUUAGUCGAGAGAAACAAGGUACUGCUAAACAGGAUUUUAAGAAGAGCAAAACAAGAUCUAGAAAUACUAAUGGGUGGGUUUCAAAUGGUCCAGAUGUGAACAUUACGUGGAAGGAAGUAAGUCGGGCGAUAGACAAGAUAUUAUUCUAUGUGUUAGUUAUACUAACGUAUGUUCCAUCGUUAGUAAUACUGGUUUAUAUAGCAGCGGAUUCUGACUACAACACACAAUGAUUGUUUGCAACGUUUUCUGCUCCUUCCGAAUGACUUUUAUUGAUAAUCGUCGAGUUAUUGCGAAUGAAUAAAUGCUGACACGGUUGUAAUUAACUGUCAUCUUCAAUUCCGUUCAAAUACAUGAAAUGAAUUGUUGGUAUUUCUGUCAAAAUACUCGCAGAACUUUUUGUUGUAUCUUUUUUAUACGUUUUAUCAAACAUGCUUUCUUUAUGGUGGCAUUUGAACAAACUUUUAUUAACAAAAGAAAUGAAAGAUUUUUGUUAUUUUUGCAUAUCAAAAAAAGAACCUUUUUGUUGCUUUAUUUUAAAUGGCAUAUCAUAUUGAAAAAGAAUUGAAUUUGUUUUUGACAAUUUAUAACAUAUCUUGGGUCAUAUCUUUACACCAAGUUGUUGGUAUAAUGGAUUUAAGAAUUCUCAUUCAAAACUUUUAAAUGCAUUUUUUUAUAAUUAAACAAGAACAAAAGUUUUGUAAGUUCAUUUUCAAAUGUAAAAAAAUAAUAUCAUUGUUUACUGAAAUAUUGUACUGACUGUUUAUAGUUGAUUUAAUACACACUAACAUUGUUUUUCACACAAAAUGUUACAUUCUUCUUAUGAUAUUGCUGAAAGUGGAAUUAUAUAUCAUAAUGUAAGAAUGGGCUGAUAUUAGCCUUUCUUGUUGCUAAUGUCAACCUUAACCUGAUGAUUUUCUUUUUACAUUGAAUUUGGGACAGUCCUUUCAAGGGGAUUUCAAUAUCAAAAUUGAGUUACCAACAGUAUAGAACCUGGUCACAGCAAUAGGCUUGUGACUUCCGGUUCCAACAGGCUUAAAAAACUCAAUCUCGUACGCAGUGAUCUUCCCUUACAGGAUUAGAUCUCUGCCAUCACAACAUUUUCGUCAAGAUUUUUGACGAUAUGAAAUUUUUCAAUUUUGAUAUUUAUUUUAAAAAGUAAACACGGUUUUUGCUAAUGUUUCAAGACUGUUACGUGUUAGAUGUGAACUAAAACUACAAAAUAAUUUUGGAAACAUAAAUAUUAUGAAACAAUUGCCCCUCUCAAAAGGAAAAUCAUUCAAUUAAUUAUUAAUUUCGACUGUACGCUUUAUAAAGAUGAUUUUUUUUUCAAUCAUAUAGACAUAUUUGAGACCAGAAAUCAAGUUUUAAUGUCGCUGUUUAUUACAGAUGUAACAUUUUUUCAACGAUUUCAUUGGCGUAUAUGCCAGUUUUACACGAUCAUGUGAUAAUACUAUCAUCACGUGAUUUGUGUGAAGGCCGUAGCUUAAUCGGUGCGACACUAUAAGAUUAAACAAGAACUAGAUGUCAUAAUGAAUGUAGAGGUUAUCAGAGACACUUGGGGUUUGGAGCUCAAAACGCCUUUAAAAUCUAAAUCAAAUGCAUAUUUGUCAAUCCCUGCAUAUGUACUGGUCAUAUAUAU